CCCCUAAAAGCGUCAUUCUAUUCCAUCUGCUCGGAGAAAUCGCACACAGAAUCAUCGUGGGCGCCAUGUUUCGGUUUGUGAUUUUCGUCCUGAUCGUUGCGCUGGAUUGCAGCAGAUCGAGCGGUAUUAUCGAUCUGAUGUGCGAAAGUGAUCACGACUGCGAGGCGUUUCGCAGUGCCACGGUCAACUCCACGUGCGUAGAGGAGCACUGCCGGUGCACUGACCUCCAGCGGGACAACAAUGCCACCGAGUGCAAGCCGCUGGUCAACCGAGUGUCGAACCAGAUCGGUGGCCAAUGUCCGUGUCAGGUCGCCAAUUCGUUCUGCCACGAGCAGACGCACCGGUGCGUCUGCAAGGACGGGUUUCUCCCGAGCCGGGUGGAGAAGAAGUGUGUCCAUGAAUCGAUCCCGCUGGGCGGGGAGUGUGAGGAGAGCGGGCAGUGCUCCCACCGUGAUCACUUCGCCGAAUGCGAUCGCACGGAACAGGUUUGCCGGUGCCAGGAGCACUUCGUCACCUACGAGGGCAGCUGUCACUCGAUAAUAGCGGUCGCUAACCUUUCGAAGCCUUGCGAAUCGAACGAGGAGUGCGCGAACGGCACGAUUGGAGAUGCGCUCUGCCACAGCGGCCAGUGUAUCUGCGGCACGGGAUUCGUGGCCGACUCGACCAACAGUAGCUGCCUGGCCGAGGCCGAACUUGAACAACCUUGCACCGACUCGAACCAGUGCAUUGCCACGCUGGGGGUCGGCUCGAUCUGCUAUCAGCAGCGGUGCGUGUGCGAUAGCAAUCACUUCCAGUUUCCGGUGCACGCCAGCGACGCCACGAGUGGACAGCAGAAGAUACGGAACGUUUGUGAGCGCAAGAUAGCUCAUGGCGAUAGCUGCAACAACGACCAAAACUGCUACCAGUUCCACGUCGGACCGCACGAGCAAACAAUGGAGUGCUUCAUGAAUGCAUGCGUCUGCCUGCCCGGUCACAUAGAAAAGGAAAAUGUUUGCUUCAAAGCCAGUUCGAGCAUUACCGUUACACCAGCAUCGGUUUUACUUGUCAUCAUCGGCACGUUGAGUGUUUUAAAACAUCUAUUAAUUGCACACUAAAACAUACACCCAUGUGAUAUCUGCACCCUCGGACGCACCAUCGUAUCUAACUCUUGUAGAUUUGUUCGUGAAAUAACUGUAGAGUUGUUUUUUUUUGUAAAAUAGUUUUGCUUGCUUUCAUACAAAUGAAAUAAAAUUUUGAUUGUACACCCCUGAA